AUGGCCAACUGUUACCAAAACAACGUAUACCACCAAAGUGAAGGGGAAAGGUAUGGGACAUACGAUGAAGGUGGUGGAGGUGGUCAUGAUGGAUAUGGCUACCAGGCUGAAUACCCUCCUCAGGAAGAGGAUGCUGCUAGUGAUGUAACUGAAGGUCAUGACGAAGAAGACCAGAUGUACGAAGGAGAAUAUCAAGGUAUACCACAUCCUGAUGAGGUCAAGGCCACACAAAGAGCUGAAAGAUCGGAGAACGAGGUGAAAUCUCGAGCUGGCGGUACACUCUCAGAGCUGCAGGAGUUAUCGGAACAGUAUGAGGAUAUCAUGGAAGAUUGUGGACAUGGGAAGUUCCAGUGGACACUCUUCAUGGUGCUCGGGCUGGCUCUGAUGGCUGAUGGGGUCGAAUGUUUUGUGGUUGCCUUUGUUCUACCAUCCGCCGAAAAGGAUUUGUGCCUGUCCAAUGCAGAGAAAGGAAUGCUCGGUCUAAUUGUCUUCCUGAGUAUGAUGGUUGGAGCAUUCAUAUGGGGUGGUCUCGCUGACAAAGUUGGCCGUCGACGCUGUUUGGUUGUAGCAUUAGCUAUAGACUGUGUUUUUGUCUUCCUGUCCUCCUUUGCCCAAAGCUACGGUUUCUUCCUCUUCUUCAGGCUGCUGUCAGGCAUUGGUAUCGGUGGCACAGUGCCGAUUGUCUACUCCUACUUCUCUGAGUUCCUCCAGAUGGACAAACGAGGAGAGCAUCUGUCCUGGUUGUGUAUGUUCUGGAUGAUUGGUGGAAUAUAUGCAUCUUUCACUGCCUGGGGAAUCAUUCCCAGAUAUGGUUGGGGGUUCAGUAUGGGCACAGAAUUUCAGUUCCACAGUUGGAGGUUAUUUGUUCUGGUUGCAGCUCUUCCUGCCAUUGCCUCUCUUGCCGGACUAACUUUUAUGCCUGAAAGUCCUCGCUUCUUGCUUGAGAAUGCUAAGCACGAUGAAGCAUGGAUGAUUCUGAAGCAGGUCCACGACACCAACUGGAGAGCCAAAGGACAGCCAGAAAAGGUUUUCACCGCGACCCACAUCAAGGCACCAAAGACAGCAGAAGAUGAGUUAAUUGAGAUUCAAAGUGCUACGGGAACAGCUGCGCAACGCUGUUUUGUUCGCUCACUUACACUCUGUAAACUGGUGCUAAAGAACAUAGCAUCUCUCUUUUCUGUUGAGCUGAGGUUUGCUACUCUCUUCAUGGGCAUCAUUUGGUUCUGCAUGGCUUUCAGCCACUAUGGCCUAUCUGUGUGGUUCCCAGACAUGAUCAAGCACCUUCAAUAUGAAGAGUAUGAAUCGAAAGUCAAGUUAUUCCAUAAAGAGAAAGUGGAGAACUUCCAUUUCAACUUUUCUUUAGAGAACCAAGUCCACAAAGAAGGGGAAUACGUCCGUGACAAGUUCAUCAAAAUAGAACUGAAGUCUGUAAAGUUUGAGGACUCAUUGUUUGAAGACUGUCUCUUCGAGGACAUCAGGUCCACUGACACAGUGUUCGAGAACUGCACCAUACGCAACACUGUCUUCACCAAUACAGAUCUGAAGGAGAAGUUCAUUGACUGCAAAAUGGAAAACAACACCUUUGAGCAAAACAAACACGGCUGCCACCUGGACACUGGUGAAGAGAAUGAUGUCCUCAUAUAUCUGGUCAGUUUCCUCGGCAGUCUGGCUGUGUUGCCUGGCAACAUCGUCUCCGCCCUCUUCAUGGAGAAAAUUGGCAGAGUCAAGAUAAUCGGUGGCUCCAUGCUCAUCUCAGCAGGGUGUACCUUUUUCCUGUUUCUAAGCUUCACCCAAUCAGCGAUCAUCGCUCUACAGUGUCUCUUCUGUGGUGUCAGUGUGGCUGCAUGGAAUGGCAUCGAGGUGGUGACAGUAGAGCUGUACCCUACUUCUAAAAGGGCAACAGCCUUUGGCGUUCUGAAUGCUCUCUGUAAGGUGGGAGCAGUUCUUGGAAGCUCCAUCUUCGCCAGUUUUGGGGGUAUCACCAAAGCCAUCCCCAUCCUGCUGUCCUUUGCCGCACUGGUCUGCGGUGGCAUGGUUGCCCUCAAGUUGCCUGACACACGAGAUAAAAUUCUCCACUGAAAUCUCUUGAAGUCAAGUAAUUGAGAGUGUUUAAGGCAUUUUGCAUUUGCUUGAUUUUGAAAUCUUUGCAGCACGGAUUGCCUUUGACAGCAAUUGCCCUUUCAAAGCAAGAAUGGAGAAAAACUAAAACUUUUCAAAUAUAAAAUGCCAUCUUGGAAUAUUUUUUUUUUAUGAUGGCAAUGUGUGUUUUGAGAGGUUGCUCUGCCAGUGUGUGAUGAGAUAAAUAUAGAUUGCUUUACGGAUCAGGGAUGGGAUGAUCCUAAAAAAUGUCAAAAGAAUAUUCCUCCACUAAUCAAAUUUACAUAAAUCCAUCCAUCAAUUUUCUGAGCUCCUUAUCCUCAUGAGGUUCACAGGAAUUCUGGAGCCAAUCCCCGCUAUCGUCGGGCAAGAGGCGGGGUGCACCCCGAUUUGGCUGCCAGUCAAUUGCAGGCCACUUACAAAUAAACAACUAUAUUAAAAUCACAUCCAAGCACAUUAGAUGACAAAAAACACAUGAACUAAUUGAACAAUGAUGUUUCACCUGCUUUAUGGUAAAUACAUGAAUAAUGGAGGGGGAAAAUGUCAUUACAAAGUUUCAACUGAAGACCAGGUUUGUCUCAGUCGAAAUAAAUAAACAUCACACUACAAUUAUGAGCAGCUAAAAUCCAGCUUGUCCAAAUGCCAUUAAUUGAGUCCUUGCUAAAUGUUUACUUCGGCCUGAAAUGAGGUCAUUCAAAUUUCUGAACGUUAUCUACAGUAUGUCACGAGUGAAUAUUUGCACCUUCCCAUUCCACUAUUGAACUAGUACUGCAAUUAUAAAAAACACAUGUACUCUCACAUGUGAGUCUUCUGCACAGAGGCAACCAAUCAGAGAAAAGGGGGCAGUCUUAGCCAAAUAUGGACAAAGCAGAUAUAAAGCAGGUUCAAAGAGAAAUAGCUGUCAGAUGGUUCUUUUCUGGACAUCUGUAUGACAAAACCAAGGUGUUUUUUUUUCAAUUGAAAUUGAGACGUUUAUACUAUGGAAGGAUAUUUUUGCCACACCCCCAAAAUAAAUAAACAUAUCACAUUAUAAUGUAAUAAGUUUCACAUUAUGAUGUGAUAUUUUCAAAUGUUUCACAUGAAAUGUAUCACAUGACAACAUGAACAGCAUCGCGUUAUGAAACGUAACACAUUAUGAAACGAUAUUGAACAUUUUCUUUUUUUAAGGGGGCAGCAAUACACUUCCAUAUUAUACUAAGUCUAUGUUAGUCACUCUGUGGAGGUCAACCAAAAUAUGGGACCUCUAAUGAAAAAAUGACAUGUUCCUUUUGCUGGGGGGUUGCCAAACUAAGUUUUCACUACCACAGUCAGUUAUGUAAUUGUUAUUCAUAAACUACUUUUACAAUGAUGCUGUUCAUUUUUGUAAUGACACGAUCAGAGAGGUGUUAAUGCCUUACAUAUUCAUGCAAUCAUAAUCUGUCAUCCUAUUAGCCUGUUGUUUUAUGAAAGCGAGACAACACUUUGAACUUGUCGCCAAUCAUCACAACACAUAGAGACAAUCAUUCUCAUGCAUUUAAAUUGUCCGUGAGUGGGAAACAAACCCAGUCUGCCUGAACAGAAGUGACCCACUACUACGUCAUCAGCAAUAGCAACAAUGCUCAUUUUCAUGACUGCAGCAAGUAAACAAAAGUCCACUUAAAUCAAAUCUACUGUGAUGCACCUCAAACAUGAAUGCUAAAAUCUCUAAUAGUGCCAGCCAAAAAUAGCAUGCUUACCUUUGUAAAGGUAAACUAUUUAAUACAACUGUAUUUGAAAAAAAAAAAGCCUAAUAUGCAUAUGUAAUUAAAGCGGCUAAAGUGCUUACUGUUAACGGGCAUGCAAAUAUUCCAUUCGAAGUAGGUCCCACAAGUGAUGAACACAUCAACACACUAAAUACACACGGAUGCAUGCACACAGACACAAACACACACAUACACACUGUAGGACACUACAUGUGUGAGCGAUGGAGCUAGGUUUUAUUUUUCUUGUACAAUUUGAUGUCGACAUUGUAUUUAUUGGAAGUGGUUCUGUGCCGCAAUUGGUUGUGUAAGUGACUAACUGCAUGUUUGUCAUUUUUCUCUUAUGUCUGUCUAUGUGUCCCUUUAGAAAUGUCUUCAUCUGGUCUAUGCGUACAUUCAUUCAUUUCUCCACAUAUGAUUCACAGCUCAUAUUGUAUGAGACACUGUGUGAUACUUAACUCAGCAUUCUCCAAAGAUAAAGAAAUGGAUUUCAAGGUUUGAGCUUGCAUCAUCUGUUGCUCGGCUCUGGUUGUGGACUUUCAAUGUUGACAUCUGAUGACAAUUGCACCAAAAGAUAUACAGUACUUCGCUUUAAGUGAAGAUACUGUACAUACUAAGCUGUGACCAAACUAAUUAUCCAGAUUCUGAAAAUGAACAAGUAAGUGUAAUAAAGUGAACAUAAUCACGAGCACUGGAAAAAUAAUAUACAGUGUUGAGGUGUUGGUUACUCGCCACCUCUGCAUGGCUUGGCCACCGCAGCAUGUAUUACAUCAUCCACAACAAACGAAACAACAAAAGUGCAAUCCCGCUGUGUAAAAGGGGGCUUUGGAGAUCCACCUAAAAACAUUAAAAACACAAAGAGCAAUAGUGAUGUUCUAAAAUUGCUGUUGUUGUCAAAUGCAAUUUUGCAAAUAGUUAUGAUGAAUGUGGCUAGAAUAUUUUGUUAUUGAGUGCAAAUUUUAUUUUUGUUCUUAAAUUUCAAUAGUGGGCAUUUUGUAAAUCUUUACUUUUCCUUAUUUUAUACUAUUGUGUUGUGAGCAGUUAUUUUACUGAUUAUUAAUAUGUACAAACUGUUAAGUUGUACUCAAUGUCCAAUCAUAACCACAGCUGCAAGGUGGGAAAAAAGGGCAAAUCAGGAAAUGUUGAGAGUAUCUUAUUUUCAUUUUUCGAUGUCAUAAUACCAAUAACCAAAUUGUUUACGAAAAACAAAUAAUACCAUAUUCAUGGCUUCUAUUUUUUAUUUCCCCAUGUCAUUAUUUGUGUUUGGAAAAAGUGAAAGCAAACUCCACUAUUUGUUCAAAGUGCUUGUGAUAAAUAUUGUCUUUCAUUGAUUCGUGGCUAAUAGUUUGAUUUGAUUUCUCUUUAUUGUGUG